GCGGGCCUCCCGGGGCUCGAGCCCGGCGGCGUCCGCCGCGAUGGCCCUCAAGAUGGUCAAGGGCAGCAUCGACCGCAUGUUCGACAAGAACCUGCAGGACCUGGUGCGCGGCAUCCGCAACCACAAAGAGGACGAGGCAAAGUAUAUCUCUCAGUGCAUUGAUGAAAUCAAGCAAGAGCUGAAGCAAGACAACAUUGCAGUAAAAGCCAACGCGGUCUGCAAGCUGACCUACUUACAAAUGUUGGGCUAUGACAUCAGCUGGGCUGCCUUCAACAUCAUAGAAGUGAUGAGCGCCUCCAAGUUCACGUUCAAGCGGAUCGGCUACCUCGCUGCUUCCCAGUGCUUUCACGAGGGGACCGACGUCAUCAUGCUGACGACGAACCAGAUCCGCAAGGACCUGAGCAGCCCCAGCCAGUACGACACUGGCGUUGCACUGACUGGCCUGUCCUGUUUUGUUACCCCAGAUCUUGCCAGAGACUUGGCCAACGACAUCAUGACACUGAUGUCGCACACCAAGCCGUACAUUCGGAAGAAGGCUGUCCUGAUCAUGUACAAGGUGUUCCUGAAGUACCCCGAGUCCCUACGCCCCGCGUUCCCCCGCCUGAAGGAGAAGCUGGAGGACCCCGAUCCCGGGGUCCAGUCGGCCGCAGUCAACGUCAUCUGUGAACUGGCCAGGCGUAACCCCAAAAACUACCUUUCCCUUGCCCCCCUGUUCUUCAAGCUGAUGACCUCCUCAACCAACAACUGGGUCCUCAUCAAGAUUAUCAAACUGUUUGGUGCUCUGACCCCCUUGGAGCCACGGUUGGGCAAGAAGCUGAUCGAGCCUCUCACCAACCUGAUCCACAGCACAUCCGCCAUGUCUCUUCUGUACGAGUGCGUGAACACCGUCAUCGCAGUGCUCAUCUCCCUGUCCUCCGGCAUGCCGAACCACAGCGCCAGCAUCCAGCUCUGUGUCCAGAAAUUGAGGAUAUUGAUAGAAGACUCCGACCAGAACUUGAAAUACCUGGGCCUGCUGGCCAUGUCCAAGAUCCUCAGGACGCACCCCAAGUCCGUGCAGGCCCACAAGGACCUCGUCCUGCAGUGUCUGGACGACAAGGACGAGUCCAUCCGCCUGCGGGCCCUCGACCUCCUGUACGGAAUGGUGUCCAAGAAGAACCUGGUGGAGAUCGUCAAAAAGCUGAUGAGCCACGUGGACAAGGCCGAGGGCACGACCUACCGCGACGAGCUGCUCACCAAGAUCAUCGACAUCUGCAGCCAGUGCAACUAUCAGCACAUCACCAACUUCCAGUGGUACAUCAGCGUCCUGGUGGAGCUGACCCGGCUGGAAGGCACCCGCCACGGCCACCUCAUCGCCGCGCAGAUGCUGGACGUGGCCAUCCGCGUGAAGGCCAUCCGCAAGUUCGCCGUGUCGCAGAUGUCCGCGCUGCUCGACAGCGCCCACCUGGUGGCCAGCAGCACCCAGCGCAACGGCAUCUGCGAGGUGCUCUACGCGGCCGCCUGGAUCUGCGGGGAGUUCUCCGAGCACCUGCAGGAGCCCCAGCAGACCCUCGAGGCCAUGCUGCGGCCUAAAGUCACUACCCUACCCGGCCACAUCCAGGCCGUGUACGUGCAGAACGUGGUCAAGCUCUACGCGUCCAUCCUGCAGCAGAAGGAGCAGGCGGCGGAGGCGGAGGCGGCCCAGGACGUCACCCAGCUCAUGGUGGAGCGGCUGCCCCAGUUUGUGCAGAGCGCGGACCUGGAGGUCCAGGAGCGGGCGUCCUGCGUCUUGCAGCUGGUCAAGCACAUCCAGAAGCUUCAGGCCAAGGACGUGCCGGUAGCAGAAGAAGUGAGUGCCCUCUUUGCUGGAGAGCUGAACCCAGUGGCUCCCAAGGCGCAGAAGAAGGUUCCAGUUCCUGAAGGCCUGGACCUGGACGCUUGGAUCAAUGAGCCACCCUCGGACAGCGAGUCUGAGGACGAGAAGCCCAAGGCCAUCUUCCACGACGAGGAGCAGCGCCAUGCCAAGCAGCGGCAGCCGGAGGCAGAGGAGGAGGAGCUGGCCCGGCGUCGAGAAGCCCGGAAGCAGGAACAGGCUAACAACCCUUUCUACAUCAAAAGUUCCCCAUCUCCCCAAAAGCGGUACCAGGACAUGCCCGGAGUGGAACAUAUCCCCGUGGUGCAGAUAGACCUCUCGGUGCCCCUGAAAGUGCCAGGGAUGCCCGUGUCGGACCAGUACGUGAAGCUGCAGGAGGAGAGGGAGCACCGGCAGAGGCUGGAGAAGGACAGGAGGCGGAGGAAGAAGAAGGACAAGGACAAGAGGGGCAAGCCGCGGCGCCACAGCUCGCUGCACACAGAGAGCGACGAGGACAUCGCCCCGGCGCAGCGGGUGGACAUCGUCACCGAGGAGAUGCCUGAGAACGCUCUCCCCAGCGACGAGGACGACAAAGACCCCAACGACCCUUACAGGGCCCUGGACGUCGACCUGGACAGGCCCCUGGCCGACAGCGAGAGGCUGCCCGUCCAGAAACACAGAAACGCCGAGACUACCAAGUCCCCCGAAAAGGAGGACGUCCCUGUCGUGGAGAAGAAGAUCAAAAAGCCCAGGAAGAAAGAGAAGAAGCACAGAGAGAAAGAGCGAGAGAAGAAGGAGAAGAGGAAGGAGGAGAAGGAGGGCGAGGACUUCGAUUUCUGGCUGUCCACCGCCCCGCUGCCCGCCGCGGCCCCGGCCCCGGCCCCGGGAGAGCCUGGAGCGAACACUGUCACCGCUGCCCCUGAGGGAGGGGGCGAGGAGCCCAGGAGAGAGGAGCGAGGCGACGAGGACGAGGACGGAGACAAUGAGCGGGACCCCGAGAAGAAGCCUUCAAAGCACAAGAAGAAGAAGCCCAAGAAGGAGAAGGAGGAGAGAGCCAAGGACAAGAAGAAACCCAAGAAGCAGCAGCCUCCAGGUGAAGAGGCGGCAGAGCCCGUGGAGAACGGCGCGCUCGCUGACGAGCCUCUCCCGCCCAUGUCCAGCUUACUGCCUCCUGGCCGAGAACUCCUACAUCAAGAUGACCUACGACAUCCAGGGCAGCCUGCAGAAGGACGCCAGGUCACCGUGUCCAUCGUCCUGGAGAAUCAAGAGCAGCAGCUUCCUGAAGGGCAUGGAGUUCAAACGUGCUGGACCUCGCUCAACACCAGCUGGCCACGGCCAGAGGGCUCCUCCGUCCACGACGGCGUCCCCGUGCCUUUCCAAUUGCCCCCAGGCAUCUCCAACGAGGCCCAGUUUGUAUUCACCAUUCAGAGUAUCGUCAUGGCCCAGAAGCUCAAGGGGACCCUGUCCUUCAUUGCAAGAAAGAUGAAGGGUCGACCCACGAGAAGCUGGACUUCAAGCUGCACUUCAGCUGUACCUCGUACUUGGUCACGACGCCCUGCUACAGUGACGCCUUUGCCAAGUUGCUGGAGUCUGGGGACCUGAGCAUGAGCUCAAUCAAAGUCGACGGCAUUAGUAUGUCCUUCCAGAACCUUCUAGCAAAGAUCUGUUUUCAUCAUCAUUUUUCC